AUGGACUGCUUCGCUUUUGAUGCAUCAAAUGAUUUCGAGAGUCAACCUGUACACUCUAACUCUACUCCUUUCAUCACCUCCAUUCCCUGUGUAUUCCUUUUCUUGCCUCUCAAUUCCACGUCACCAGUCGCCAUGCAAUUGACCAUCCCUUUCUCUCUGUUCAGGCAUUGUGUCCGUCGCGCAGGUUUGCGCAGCGCCUUCUUGGCCUCGCGUGCCAUCGCUACCAAGCCCCAGUCCACCUCCUUCGCUGCGGAGAUCGCCCGCAGCACGAGCGUCGUCCGAGCCUGUGUCAUCCCUGCAGCUCGCAGCUUCUCGCAGUCUUCUCCUUUCCUGAACACUCCCGCCGAGGACACCGCAGACAGCAAGGCCGUCGAAGACGCCCUGAAGUCUGCUGAGGAACUCGGAUCCACCACUGCGGAAGGUGAGAGUCUUGCAGAAUCUGCAGCCAGCGGAGAGGCUGCCGCGCCGAGCGAGCCUGCCGCCCAUGAUGUUUCGAACCCCGUUCUGACUGCCACCGGACCAGGAGACGCUCCUGAGACCGUCAAGUACGACGAAGCCGCCGGCGAGACCCCCCACGCCAUUUUCAUCAGGAACAUUAUCUUCAAUGCGACUGAGGAUCUCCUCCAGGAGGCCUUUUCGUCAUACGGCGAGGUCGCCAAGGCGGCCAUUGCCAGAGAUGCGCGCGGAAUUAGCAAAGGCUUUGGCUUCGUCUGGUUCAAGGACGCCGACUCUGUCGAGAAGGCACUAGAAGAGGCCAACGGCUCCUUCUGGCACGGUCGCCGCCUGAUUGUUUUGCCCCGCACCACCAGACAGCGAGGAACAAACUCCCGCACCGGCGGCGAGCCCUCCCGAUCGCUCUACAUUGGCAACAUCCCCUACGAGACGACCGAUGCCGAGCUGAACCGCCUGUUCCGCGGGCUGGAGAAUGUCACCGCCAUCCGUGUUGCCGUCGACCGCACGACUGGCUGGCCCCGAGGCUUCGCCCAUGCCGACUUCGUCGAUAGCGAGUCGGCCACCAAGGCCCUGGAGAAGCUGCAGGGCUUCGAGCUGAACGGCCGUCAGCUCCGCUUCGACUAUGCGUCUUCCUCGCCGAAGGCCACCCGGGCCCCUCGAGCUUCCGACGACGCUUAG